UAAGCCAUUUUCGGUUAUUCACAGGGAAAUCCCUGGGAAGAACACUGAGUAGAGGUAUCCAUUUCUUUCUCUUCAAUGGAGUCUUCUUCUUUGAGCUUUUUCUCCACACUGAAGCGUCCGUUAAGCACAGGAAGUAACAUUAAUAACUUCAAACCCAAAGGGGCUCUUGUGGAAGUCUCCGCCUGCUCUUACCAGAAGUUCCUUCACUUUGCUUUGGAUGAAACCAAACGCCGCACCCAUUUACUUCCUUCCCCUUUGCAGGAGAAUUUCAAUUCCAUGAUGUCCAUGGAUGGAAAAGCAAAGCUUCAAAUGGUAUCAUUCCAAGCUCCCAAGAUUAGACUCCUCCGUAAUUUGAGCAUUGAAGCUAGUGAAGGAAUGCAGAUUUUGGAUUUUGCUGUGUUCCCAGAACAAGGGUUUGAUCUACCUAUAUUUUGCGCCAAUUUUUUCACCACUCCUACCACGAACAUCAUUGUGUUGGACCUCAACCCUUUGCAUGAUGUCAUCAAUCAGAGGGAUUACAAGGAGAAGUACUACAAAAGCUUAAUGCCUCUUGGUCUCAAGUAUGCAGAGCUUUUACCUUGGGGAGGAAAGCUUACAAGUGAGUCAUUGAGAUUUUUCUCACCAAUUGUGAUAUGGACUAAGUUUACUUCAAGCCAAUACAAGCAUGGUGUCCUAUAUUCUGCUUUCAUGGAUUACUACAAGGCAUGGCUUGAGUUAAUGGAACAAGCUGCAGAGGAGAGAGACACUUCACAAAUUAUUUGCAAUCGUGAAGCACAGCAUAGGUAUCUAACAUGGAGAGCAGAAAAGGAUCCAGGUCAUCGAAUUCUGAAAAAGUUGAUUGGUGAGAGCCUCUCUAAGGACCUGGUGAGGAGCUUCCUUUUUAAUGGAGUUGAUGAACUAGGAACCAAAACAUUUCUUGAUUACUUUCCUGAGUACUGCUGUGAGAAUGGAACUAUAAAUGACAAACGCAGUAUCAUUGGAAAGUCUUUUGAAAGUCGGCCCUGGGAUACAUCAGGAGAAUUCAUUGGGUCUCUCCCUAGCUUGAAUGAAGAAAGAGGUUUGUCAUAGGUAGCUGAGGGGCAACCUAUCAACAUGAAUCUUAGAUGUAGCAGCUGCAGCUGUAAGGAGAAUACCCAGAAGAGCAUGGGAUUAAUGGUAGUGAUAGAAGAAGAGAUGUUGGUUAUGGCCCUAGAUGGAGUGCAAUGGUGAAACUGGAUGUCUGCUACCAACCCCAUAUCGUUUGGGCUAGGUGGUCGUAUCAUUAAACUGAGUUAUGUAAUUUUCUGAAUCCUUUUUUCUGAAGGGCACUCUGUUGUGUUGGUGAUACUGCAGUUUUUUCAAUUUCAAAAUAAAGAACUGUAUCAAUGAUUCAUGGGUAA